AUGGGUAUCCUCAGCAUAGACUUGCUGAUCACACUGCAAAUUCUGCCAGUUUUUUUCUCCAACUGCCUCUUUCUGGCGCUCUAUGACUCGGUCAUUCUGCUUAAGCACGUGGUUCUGCUGCUGAGCCGCUCCAAGUCCACUCGCGGAGAGUGGAGGCGCAUGCUGACCUCAGAGGGACUGCGCUGCGUCUGGAAGAGCUUCCUGCUUGAUGCCUACAAACAGGUGAAACUGGGCGAAGAUGCCCCCAAUUCCAGUGUGGUGCGUGUGUCCAGUCCUGAAGGAGGCCACAGUGGUGGAAACAGGGUCCAGGAGAAGACUGCUGAAGGAGUCCAGUGCCACCUGCUUGACUUUGCCAGUGCCGAGCGCCCACUGGUGGUCAAUUUCGGCUCUGCCACUUGACCUCCUUUUACCAGUCAGCUGCCUGCCUUCAGCAAACUGGUGGAAGAGUUCUCAUCAGUGGCUGACUUCCUGUUGGUCUACAUUGACGAGGCUCAUCCCUCAGAUGGUUGGGCGAUACCUGGGGGGUCCUCUUUGUCUUUUGAGGUGAAGAAGCACCGGAACCAGGAAGAGCGAUGUGCAGCAGCCCAUCAGCUUCUGGAGCGUUUCUCCUUGCCGCCCCAGUGCCAAGUUGUGGCUGAUCGCAUGGACAACAAUGCCAAUGUAGCUUAUGGGGUAGCCUUUGAACGCGUGUGCAUUGUGCAGAGACAGAAAAUUGCUUAUCUUGGAGGAAAGGGCCCCUUCUGCUACAACCUUCAAGAAGUCCGGCGUUGGCUGGAGAAGAAUUUCCACAAGAGAUGAAAUCUAGAUUAG